GCGGAUUGUUCUUUUCCUCCCAAGUAUAACUCUUUCCAUGGCAGCCAGCGGGUACCAGGAGUUCGUUCCGCCAAUGACGUGAUUGGCCGGACCUGACGGCUUCACCUGCCAGGUGCGAGCGGAGUCAGGUCAUUGGCCACCUCAGGGUCAUGGCUGGCUGCAUCAGGCAUCCGCAAUUGACCAAGAGAGCUUCCAAAAACAAAUCUUUCCAUCUCGACUUCAACACGAACUCCCGUCCGGUCGACCACACCGUGGACCAGCAGCAUCUCCGAUUCAACCCGAGCUUUGUGUUCCAGGAACUCUCCGGGAUUUAUUUCAGUAAAUAAACAGUCGUCUGCUUUGCCAGAAUGGUCUUGUCUUUUGUUCCGAGUCUCUCGCGGCUCGUGGGGGAGGCCAGCCGCUGCGAGGGAGCGGCACGAGAUUGCCAGUGCCGCGGUUGACAUCCACGACGAGCUUCCUAUCGCUGUGACAGCUGGAUUGGUAGGACCCCUACAGCUGGACCACAUGGCUUGCACGCUUUUUGAUAGUGUAAAUCGAAUGAGCUUUUGAGCUUUCUGCAGGCCAAACGUCACCCAUCUUCAAGUUGUGUCUUCGAAGAUCAUAAUCUCUCAUGUCGAUAGAGUCAGUUGAUGCGCCGUUGCGAGGCCUUGCCCCGGAGCUCUACACAUGGGGCAUCAUGUACCUCGCCAUGCAUCUUUCCAGUCAGCAAGUAAGAGCCCUAUCCGGGGUCUGUAACAAGAUGAUCUGGUCCACCAGACCGCAUCUAGACACCCUGCAGGUGAAGGAUAUGACUCCAGCCGAGCCAAAGACUUGA